AUGAUGAGUCAACAUGCUAGAUUUGUUGCCUGUGCAUGUGACCAACGUAAGUUACUGACCCGACAUCGUUUGGCAGGAUCCAAAUAAUAAUAUAUUUCGUCUAUUCUGCUGUGAAUUGCUGUACUGAAUGUGUGAGCUGCCUAUAGACAAGCUUAGUGGUUGAAGGGAUUAUCAGUAUGCCAGGUCAGGUGUAUAACAUUCCUAUCAUUCAGCCUGAUCUCAGGCGAGAAGAAACCAUACAUCAGAUUGCUGACACCCUAGAAUACCUGGAGAAAAUUGCAAAUGACGUCUUUGACCGCAUUGAGAAGAGGGUGACUGACAAUCACUCACGGUUAACAGACAUCAACAAGCGACUUGACGUUGCUCAGGCCAAAGUUGACAAGAUUAAGAACAGUCGUAAGGCUAUAAAGAUAUUCUCUAGUGCUAAGUAUCCUGCACCAGAAAAGAAAGAUGUUUACCAGUCUGUAUUUGCAGAUAACACAGACUUGUCAAGUAUUCCUAGACCAUCUCGUAAGCUGGCUAGCAAGCAUCAGACAUUAGACAGUAGAGCUUUGAAAGAAAAGCUACAGUUUUAUAAUGUGCAAUUGAAUGUGAGGAAGAAAGAUAAAGAUGGAGAGAAUACUUGGGAAGGCCUAGGAGGUCUUCCAAGGAACAUUGAAUCAAUAACGUCAUUGCUUCUCUUCAACACUAGUGAAAAUCCCUACAAGAAAUAUGUGAUGAUUGAUCCGUUGGGUGCAGUCACAAAAACUAGAAAAUCAAUUGAAGAUGAGGAGCAACGGACAGAGAUGGGUCAGGCACCAACAACCAUCUUACAUGGAGAGCAAUUAGAUCAUAACAUUGGUGACAGAGAUCCAUUUAAAUACACUCCUCAUCUUGGUGAUGUACCAGUUCUUGAUGUGCCUAAUGUUCUCCCUGAUCUAACAGGUAUUGCUGAUGAUGUGAUCUUCCAGUCUGAGCUUGAAGGGUCAAUAGCUCCUUCUCUUCCUGGAGCUCAUAUCCCGGAGCUUCCCAGUGUAACACCCCAACCAAGUAAUCUUCCUGCUCUACCUGCUCCUGAAGGACCUAGUAAUGUUCCUGCAAUCAUGCCCCCAGGAACAGCCCCAGGAGCACCACCACCACCCCCUCCACCACCCCCACCAGAGGUAGCAGCACCCCCUCCACCUCCCCCACCACCACCUGCUGCUGUUAAUACUGUAGCUGCUACACCUGCUGCUCCGGCUCCACCUCCAGUAGCACCAACUGACACCGGUAGAUCAAGUCUUCUUGAGUCCAUCAGGAAUGCAGGUGGUGUGAAGAAUCUGAAGAAGAGUGUAAGAGAGAAAAAAAUAGAGAAGAAGCGUGAGAAAGAGCAGGCGCCACCCUCUGGAGGUGGAGAUUUAAUGAGUGAUCUAUUCAACAAGCUUUCACUUAGACGAAAAGGAAUCUCAGGAACCAAGCAAGCUGGAGGAGGAGGAGGAGGUGGAGGAGGAGGAGGUGGAAGAACAGAUGACUCUCUUCCUAAUAUCAACCAACCACCACCACAAACAGGUGGUGCAAUAAACAAGCUAGCAGCUAUGAUACCUCCUCCUCCUAGACCAAUGGGAGGAGGUGGUGUAGGAGAUGAUGAUGAUGAUUGGGAUUAAACUCAAAAUGAUGGUCAAAUUCACACCAAGAAUUAACCAUGUUCAAACCCAGAUUUACUAAAGUAUAUAACUCAAUUACUUAACAUGUUGUUUAAAGUUCCAUUUCUUUCAUCAUCAUGUUUAAUUGAGCAAUUACUUGCAUUUGCUUUUGUUACUGUAGAAGAAUAUAUUAUUUAGUAUUACCUGCCUAGAAAUCGAGUAUGAUAUUUCAUUUUCCAGGAUUAUAUUAUGCUCAAAGUGCACAAGAUUGAGGGAAAGUAUUUUCUUGAGGGGAGAAUACAGGUUUGAAAGAGAAUGGAAAUGUAUUUGUAAAAGGUCAAGUCCACCCCAGAAAAAUUUUGAUUUUAAAUCAAUGGAGAAAAAUCAGACAAACAUAAUGCUGGAAAAUUCAUCAAAUUGGGAUGUAAAUAAGAUUUUUCACAAAAGAGUGUUUGCAUAAUUUAAUCAUAUGCAAAUGACGGAGUUGAUGAUGCCCCUCACUAUUUUUUUUGUUUAACAAUAUUUUAAUUUUUACAGAUUUCACAAUAAGGACCAACUUGACUGAACCAUAA